AUGUUGUCGUACCGGUCGAUGUACGACGAUUUCAAGGACGAGGCCAUCUGGGUGCUCUUGAGUGAGAAGCAGAAGAGCGACUUUGGGGGAAAGAGUGAACCGAGCGCUCGCGACGUGCUGGGCGGAGCGCUGGGUGUUGGGACGCACGAUUUGGCCAGCUUGGCACCAGAGAAAGUCGAGGUCAUUUUGAUCGGGGUGUCUGUUUGUAUUAUAGCUGCCACGGCGACAUUUUGCCGAUUCUUUCCGAAUAUUAGGGCAAGAUACGAUUAUGGGUUUCUAGUGUUCAUCCUGACGUUUAGUCUGAUAUCUGUGUCUGGGUAUCGAGACGAUGUCGUAUUUGACAUGGCGUACCGGCGGCUAACCACCAUCUUGAUCGGCGGCUGCGUCGCCAUUUUGAUCUGCAUUUUUGUCCGCCCCGUUUGGGCAGGCAAAGAUCUUCAUCGACACACCGCCGCCAAUAUUGAGAAACUAGCAUGCUACUUAGAAGCUUUUGGACGUGUAUACUUCCAAGAAUCAUACGACAAAAAUCUAGCACAACUCAAAGAUUUCAAAAGUGUACUCAUAUCCAAAGGCACAGAGGACUCAUUGGUUAAUUUUGCGCGGUGGGAGCCGAGGCACGGCAAGUUCCGGUACCGUCACCCGUGGAACCAGUACCUCAAGAUCGGGUCGGGCACCCGGGAAUGCGCGUACAAGAUCGACGCGCUCAAUUGCUACCUCGUCUCGGACGUGCAGACGCCGUUGGAGCUUCGUACGAAGAUCCAAGACUUCUGCACAAAGAUCAGCUCUGAAUGCGCCUUAGCCCUAACGGACGUCGCGAUCGGGCUUCGGACGAUGACUUGCCCCGUGGCCAGCGAGAAACACAUCGCAGAGGCGAAGGCCGCGGGCAAGACCCUAAAGGCCCUGCUGAAAACAGGGUUAUGGCACGACACUGAGUUCCUCGACAUAGUCCCGGUGGUGACGGUGGCGUCCCUACUAAUCGAGAUCGUCGCGUGCACAACGAAGAUCGCGGACUCUGUGGAGGUACUCGCGACGAAGGCAAAGUUCAAGAAACCCGACCCGGAGAUGAACCGGCAGGCUAGUAGGGAGAAGGUGAAGAGGAGCCCUAGUAUUGAAGCAUCACAUAGUGUCAACAUUGUGUAUGAGUGAUUAAUACAUAUGUGGUGGAAAAUAAACAAGAAUCAUCAAUCGCUUUGCAUUUUAGUACAUGUGAAAUAAAUGUAUGUGAGGAGAUUGGUUGAUGUUUAGGGAGUAAUUGUGAAAAUUUUGGAUCUCCUUUUAUUGCUCCCAUUUUGGUGGGACAUUUUGUGAUA